AUCCAAACCGACCCAAUCCAGUGAUCCGUUUACGCAGCCUAGGCCCUAGGGUUCUUUAUAUGUAAAAGAGCUUGAAGUAUAUAUAAGUCAAAGUAAAAAACCCUAGCUUCCUUCAUCUCCUACAUCGAGCGAAAAGAGUAAGAGACAACAAUGGUUACUUUCCGGUUUCACCAGUACCAGGUUGUUGGGAGGGCUCUUCCAACGGAGAACGAUGAGCACCCUAAGAUUUACAGGAUGAAGCUUUGGGCCACCAAUGAGGUUCGGGCCAAAUCCAAGUUCUGGUACUUCUUGAGAAAGCUGAAGAAGGUUAAGAAGAGCAAUGGGCAAGUCCUUGCCAUCAAUGAGAUUUUUGAGAAGAACCCUACCAAGAUCAAGAAUUAUGGAAUCUGGCUCCGUUAUCAAAGCCGUACUGGUUAUCACAACAUGUACAAGGAAUACCGUGACACUACUUUGAAUGGAGCUGUUGAACAGAUGUACACCGAGAUGGCUUCUCGUCACAGAGUCAGGUUCCCUUGCAUCCAGAUUAUCAAGACGGCGACCAUCCCAGCUAAGCUAUGCAAGCGGGACAGCACGAAGCAGUUCCACAACUCAAAAAUCAAGUUCCCAUUGGUAUUCAAGAAGGUGAGACCACCUACCAGGAAGCUGAAAACAACUUAUAAGGCAUCGAAGCCCAACUUGUUUAUGUAAUUUGUUUUAUCAUUUGAUGAGAAAUUUUUGUUAGUGAAAUCAUAUCAGUUUGUUGAUCAGAUAUUGUUUUUCAUUUGAAAAGGUUGGAACUUUUGUUUGUUUGGGUUUUUCAGUAUUUCAUUUUUGUUUAAUCAAAUCGCCCGAAAAAGUUUGCAUAUUAA